UGAACUCUGCAGAUUUUGCAUUGUCUGCGAGGAUAGUUGCGUUUCCGCAACCGUCAACGUCGUGCAAAAUCAGCGUCAACUGUAAAUAUAUCAAGGGUAGAGUAUAUAACGAAAUGAUCCAGGCGAGUUUAGUUGUUAUAAUUUGCGUCGAGCAUGGCGUUCUGGAUGGUCCUGGUACUCGUCGUCGCGAGCCGGUUGAGCUGGACUCCGGCGAUUGCUCAGUGCUCGCAAAUUUCAUUUCGCAAAAACCCGGUUUACGCCCUAACGAAACGAUGUACCCGGUCGACCGCAACGCCGAUAUCGAGACGUAAUUCGGAGGAUCUGAAAAGCUGCAGAGAAUUUGCCGUUUCUAAAAAGGCUUUAGCGUUCAACUUUCGUCCAAAGAAAUAUUCCUCAAACAAUAUCACGAUUGACGAUAAUUGCAUCGCUUUGGAAUGCCCUGUGGAAUUGCAUCCUCAAUCGACCAGUCUUGUCAAGGAUUCGAGGUUCGAAUACUAUAGCGCUUACGGCGGCAACGUAGCGUACGGACAUGGAAUAAAAGCAAGUUGCCUACCAAAGGUAGGGGUGUUCAGGCUCGCAGACAUCCCAUCAAACUACAGCACAGCUCGUAAGGAGUGCGCAGCUUGGGGUGGAAAAUUGGCGCAUGUAGCCAGUGCUGUUCGCACAGAUCUCCUAGCCUCGUUGAUGACCGGGAACAUCAACGCAGUAUUUGUAGGACUCAGCAGUGAAGGCAAAGAGCGGCUCUGGAAGAACGAGUUUGAUGAGCUUCUGGACUGCUUCGACUUUCGGGGAUGGGCACAGCGGGAGCCACACUCGAGACGAGGAUGCGUUGCUCUGGGCAAGGAUCGAACAUGGAGAGUGGUUUCAUGCUACGCCUCUUUGCCAUUCCUCUGCGAAAUACUGCCCUCAGCUUCACCGCAGGAAUCGUCACCAUCUAUGGGCUGCGGCAGUCACUCAGGUACAGGGAGAAUGAGAAAGCGAGUCGGUCAGUCUGCAAGGAAUGAUGCAACCCACAAGUGAUUAUACUAUAUUAAUUGGGUUUAUUCAGCAAUGAUAUAAUCAUAAGUUAUAUUUUAUAUAUGUAUAUUUUAGAGUUCAAUAAACCAUAGUACUUCUAUGCUC